AUGUUAGUUCAUCGUCAUCCAUCAUCUGAAAAUAAAGAAUCAAAAUCUGAUAUGCGUCGAUUACAAAAAUCAUCAAAAUAUUUAUUAAAUAGUUUAUGUAUCCGAUCAAGAUUUCUUACAAAAUUUAAACGAUGGAUGUUUACACGAUAUGGAUUUUUUAUUAUUACGGCUACUCUAAUAGUUUUCAUUAAUGAAAUUUUAUUCUAUGAAUGGUCUCGAUUUCAUUGGCCAAAUAUUGAAUCAUUAGCAAAAAAAUCUACUGUUGAAAAACUUCUUCUUGUUGCUGAUCCACAAUUAAUUGGUGAAAAAGAUGAAGGUUUAUUUGGAUUAAUUACAAGAAAGGAUGCUGAUAGAUAUCUUGCUAAAACAUUUUCUCAAGUAAAUCAAUAUAUAAAACCAGAUUGGAUACUUUUUUUGGGUGAUAUAUUUGAUGAAGGUUUAUCAGCAACAGAUGAUGAAUUUAAACGAUAUUUUGAUCGGUUUGAUUCAAUAUUUCAAUAUGAAAAUCGUGAACAAAAAUGUAUUGUUAUUCCAGGUGAUAAUGAUGUUGGUGGAGAAUAUUAUGGUGAUAAACAACCUAUAUUAAGACAACGUUUUCGAAAUUAUUUUGGUCGAACUAUUGCUUUAUAUCGUCAAAAUAAUAUUGAAUAUCUUAAAUUAGAUAUCGAUAUGUUUGAAUCAUAUAUUGAUGAUAAACGUGCUGCAAUAAUGGAACAAACACAAAAUCGUCCAUUAUCAUCAAUAUUUCGUAUUGUACUUAAUCAUUGGCCUUUAUUAACACGUUCUGCUCGUUUUGUUAAACCAUUUAUAAAUGAAUUAGAACCAAAUCUUAUUCUCAAAGGUGAUAGUCAUCAUUUUUAUAUAUUUGCAUAUGAUCGAAUUAAUAUGACAAAUCGUAUUAUAGCACGAGAAUAUUUAUCACAAUCAAUUCUUUCUAUAGAUCUUGAUCAAAAACGUUUUAUUUAUGAAAUAUCAGUACCGACAUGUUCAUAUCGAAUGGGUGUUGAUAGAAUUGGAUAUAUUGUUCUUUUACUUGAUAGUGCUACUAAAACGGCUCAUUUAAGUAUUCUAUCAACACCAAGAAGAUAUAUAUCAUUAUAUUUUUAUGCAGCUUAUGGGAUCUGUUUUUUGAUUAGUUUAGUUUUAAUUUUAUUAUUUCCAAGACGAUCUUUAUCAAAAUGGUUGACUUUAAAUCGAUGA